AUGAGAUCCCUUUGUUCCUUCUUUGUCCUGGUUGUUUAUCAAUUACUCUUUACCUCUCGAUUCACUUUUGCUGCGCUAUCUCAGGAUCGUCAAGAAGCCAUCGAUAUCUUCAAGGCGGCACUUAGGGAUAGUCGCUAUAACUUGACAGAGAAAGACGUUGGCGAGACUGCUACGAGACUGUUCGGAUGGCAAGGAUGCAGCAAUUCUCAGAGGAAAGACAUCUACUCUGGCUGGCAGCAAUCUUGGAAGAUGAUGGAUGCAGUACAAGGCAAUAACUUAAACUGGAAUGAGGCAGCGGCUCUCGACUAUCUUGCUCCACCUUUCAUCAAUGAAGACAAUUAA